AUGAUGCAUUAUUUCCACUAGUUUAAGAUGCCACUCAAUUCAUGAUUUGAAAAUAUGAUGCAAGAAUGAUAGAAAUGAAUGAAAUAGGGAUAGAAAGGGGCUCGGUUGUCUUAAACUAGCAUGUUGUUUCUCAUUUAAUCAUAAAGCACACUGUUAUAGAUCAUGUAGGAACAGUUAAUAUGAAUGAAUAUUGAGCUCUUGAUAUAGUACAUGCUUUUGUUUGUUUUAUUUCAUUUGGGUGAAUUAAGGUCUGUUUCUUUCCUUGGACUGAGUGGCUAAAUUUCCUAAGAGUGGCGCCUGCCCCAUAAUUAAAUAAAAAACGACUAUGCAGAAUAUGCCUCGCCCUAGAGGUGCAGAUGCCGCUGGUCUUCUACUACGCGAGCUAGAUCUCCAUCCUCCAGCAGAAGAGUGGCACCGACAAAAUUCAUAUGUUGGACCUUGGACUGAUCUAGAUGAUGAGGAUGAUGCAAGUGAUGCACCAACACUUUUAAAUCCACUUGAUUCCAAUUCAUUGGAAAAUAGUGAUAUCUAUCAUGAAGCCAGUGGCUUGUGGCCAAGGAAGCGCAGGAUGUCCGAACGAGAUGCAGCUUUUGGGUUGAACACUUCAGAGAGUCUGGGAGCUUAUCUUGGUAUUAUGGGAUCUCGAAGAGAUGUUGUUACUGCAGUAUGGAAGAAUGGCCUUGAAGGGGUCUGGUACAAGUAUGGAGUAACAUGUUUGACAUGGCUUGGUGCAUCAUAUGUGGCUACCGGAUCUAUGGAUGGAGCUGUGAGAUUAUGGGAUAGUCGGUCUGGUGAAUGUGUCAAAGUGUUCAGAGGACACUCUGAAGGCAUUCAAACUCUUUCUUUGUCUGCUAAUCGUGAGUACCUUGUCACGGCUUCGUUAGAUCAUACAGCUCGUGUUUUUGAGGUUAAAGAUUUCUGUUAAUCAAAGCCUUUCUUUCUCGGCACACCUCCAUAUAUAAGUCCUUGAGGACAGUGGGCGGUACUCUACAUAUGCCAUAUUGUUAUUUUAUGUCAUGUUGUGGUGGAGCAGAACACUGUUGUAUAAGGUUUAUGAAUAAUCUAUAUUUACAAGGUAAUUAGUAUAAUGACAGGGUUACAAAGCUUCUGUGAUUUUACGUAGCA